UUUGAGUUUAGGAGGGUGCAUCUGGAUGUUACCUGAUCUAGAUACUUCGAGAUGGAUUUGAGAUCUUCUAAGGCCUUCUCUCCCUCCCCUCUCACUCACUCUCCUCUCCCCACCUCUCUCUCUCUCUCUCCCUCUCCAAUAAUAAAUAGAUUAGUUAGGGAUUCACAGGCGGUCAGUUGAUUCGGCGCUGCAGAAACAGACAGAUGGCUGAGGAGAAGCAUAGGGAUCUCAUUACAGGGGCUUAGUCAGCACAGCCAGGCACGACCAGGAGCAGGUAAACUCAGUUACAUGCUUGUUUUAUGCCAGCCUGCUCUUCUCUCAGCAGCUCUAGCACCUCAAAGCCCUGUCCCACAGACCUGAGGAUACCCCAACACAUCAUGGAGAAGGAAGAAGAGGAGGAGGACAUUUUCACAGCCUGGCCUGCUGAAGAUGAAGAGCAGGACAGUGCAGAGGAGCCAGAGGAGCAGGAGGACGAGGAGGAGGAGACGGGGAGGAAGAGAAGCUUGAAUAUACCCAGGCCGAGUCACUUGCUGACCAAACGCAGAGCCUCUCUUCCAUGUCCAGAUCAACUGAGUGCUAUGCAGCUGACCAAUCUGACCUAUCUGGCCCGUCUACAUGCGGCCACCAUGGCUCCUGCCCCGGCGCACGUGAGGCAGCACACCCGCAAUGAAGAGGAGGACAAAGAGAGACCCCUACAUGAGAGGCGACCCCCCGCCAUCCCGACCAUACCUGAGGUGCUGGAGCCACCGGAGAGGAAAUUGCGGUUCAGGAGCCGCAACGUCAUGUCACUAAGCGAUGCAGAUAGUUUGUGUCUGAUCUGCCAUGAUGACCUGCGCAAAGGAGGAGGAUCUAUCAGAGAGCUCCACUGUUCACACAGCUUCCACACUGAGUGUAUAGAGGAGUGGCUGUGGACAAAGCAGACUUGCCCUACAUGCCGCAAGCAUGUAGCCAUGCCAGAACCUCUUUACUGGACAUCCACUCGUGUCAAAGUGCCCUGACCCUUCACAGCCACAUAUGAAGUUAUUUUUACCCAUCUGAGAUUGCUGGAAUGAAGAGACUGAGAACUAUGGACAUGUGUUUUCAAAGGAACUGAGAAUGCAUCCCCCUGCAGCUUCUUUCACACACUACCUGUUGUGCUGCUGUCGGAUCUCCUUGUUUAAUUAAUCUUGAUAAGCAUGGAUCUGCAGCUCUAGAUCCUCAAGUACAUGUCUGGAACUUUCUGCUUCCUGCAGUUGCGAGUAAUGGGAUUAUACUGGAUUGCAGCAGCCUAGAGUGGUGAAUGUGAACUGCAGAUCAGAGGUACUAAACCUCAGAUAAAAUGCUGGCUAAUUCAUGGACAGAAUGCUGUAAUGUUUUUGUCCUUUUGUUUCUUAUAGCCAACUUCUCUCUUUUAAACACUUUAGGUCAUGUUAGAAAGUCUGUUCUGGUUUAGAAACUGAUUUUCUAUCUUGUAUGUUGUAAGUCUGUAUGUAUAAAGUCUAUUUAUCCAAUAGCUCAUGGACAAAGAGUUUCUGGAAGAAGCUAACUUAGUAUGUAACUAACCAAAUCCAUUUCAAAACAUCAGUCUAAAACAUAUUUUCAAGAACACAAGUGUGUAAUUUUUGUUCUGCCAAGUCCACAUUCAUUAAUGUGCCAGGCAUUUUUAAAGGCUUUUUUUUUUUUUGUAAAUAUAAAAUGAAAGCCACAUUAAAGCGUAUUUUACUAGCCAGGCUAAAGUGCAGCUUCUACUUUGUUUAGUUAGUUUCACACAGUGUUACAACUCAUUUCCUUCAAUAAACAAUGAGAAAAGUC